AAGGGAACGACUACAACUUUAGCCACCAGCACAUCCGUGAGCAUGGGUCCGUCAGCUUACGGCCCUUUCCAGUACUAAGCCGCCAGCUAGAAGACUCGUCAGACCAGACUGUACCUACCAGAGUCACAUAUGUCCUUUGGACCCCGCGUGCUGACCUAACAUAUUGAAUAACUAACUAGUUAACCCCCAACAAGUGAUGCCACCACCUGCGAGAUCUUUCUUCUACUGCUGUCAUUUGUGAGCGACUUACUAAAGGAAGUAGAUUCCAUUGUGGCAGGGAACCAGCAUCAAAACUAUCAAGGGGCGUCCAGCUAUUGAAGGGUGAGCUGCGGACUUGCUAUGAAGCUUUAGGAUAUUGGUCUUCAAGCAGAGUGACAUCAGCUAUCUCAUGCCGUCGCUUGCGGGACUACGUUUUGUUCAUGGCCAUGCUUCCUUAUCCGACACUGCCCUUUUACGCAGAAAGAAGAAGGAGUUCGACUCACCUAAUAAUGUGGAGAUUGUGAGGUCCUUGUCCCAUGUCCGUAUGCCCAGGGUGUUCCAAGUCGCGGAAUCCAAGAACAGCAACAAGCAAGGCUACGAGUCGCCGGACCGUAUAAUAUCGCUUUACUCCCCUAGUCUAAACUCGAACCAGAACAGAUCCUCGAUGUCGGACCCUACACUGAACGCGAUUGUCAUUGACGGUUUCGACUCAGAACCCUUUGAGAACCGCUCGUCAACACGGGCCAUAUCCCCCAUGGCUGAACACCCACGCAAUACAAAGAGAACCCCAUCGGGGCCUCUCAAACAAAAGCUGCACCGGGAGAAAUCGUUGGAGAGUACAAUGAGGACGUCCGUACACCUAGACUCGUCGGAUGAAUCGGAUGCUGACGAUGCUGCGAGCAUUGCGUCUUCAUCGACUAUAUCACCAAUCUCUGACCACGUACCACAUGGAUCAGGGACUCGUUGGCGACGUUUCUUUCCUGAGCUGUCUUCUCAUUUCAGCCUCAUAUCUUCUAUCGGCCAGGAUGCUCAGCAGGGCAGAGUUUCUCCCCUGAGUGACAGUUAUCACCACAGUUUCUCCGAGAACCACGUCCAGAAUACGACUCGGAUAAGUGAAUCGUCUAUGUCAUCGCAAGACCUUCUUGAGAAUGGUUCCUCAUGUUAUAGUCGCAGAAGCUCAAUCACAAGUGUUGGCUCGGACUCGCCCAUUCCAGAUCGCAAGGCAGACGAUACUUACUCCGUCAUGUCGCCGACAAGGGCAGGGGUCUUCGACGACUUACGCUCCUCACAAAGGUGGUACAUGAAAUCCUCAAGGGAACACCUCUUAGUCGAUGUUCUGGUGAACAAACCCCUACCUGAAGAACCUCCAAUUAAGAUGUCACCAUUGGCGAUACGUCGUCCUAAUUCGACCUCCGACGAUGGUGAUCGAUCCCAAACUCGGACUUUGGUAUUACGCAGCAGCCGUCGCAACGGGUAUAGGGACUCUACAAUGAUUUCCACAACCAGAAAGUAUGACUUGGAUGCAUUGGAUGAGGCUUUUCAGCGUUCCAAUCCACGAAAUAUGCCGCAGGCCGAGGAGAAUGGACCUUCUCCGUCAUUGACGGAAGCCGCUCAGGAACUGGAGGAUGAGCUCGCUAAAUAUGCUGCAAUUGAGGAGACACCAGACAUCCUUACAUGGCCAUUGCAGAGAAGCAGAGGUGCUACGGAAAUGGUUGCUACGCGAUCACCACCUCCGCCGGUCAUUCUACGAUCAUUCAGUCAAGGUCCGUUGUUACCUGGAGAAGAUAAACAGGAGCAACGCAGGAAAAUGGAAAACGCCAAGUCUUCCCGAGACUCAAAGAGAAAUAGAAUGAUUCGAAAGUCUAGAGCGCGUUUCUCUUUCUCUGUUUCCGGCCUCACUCGCAGAAAAAGUAACGAGUCAGAUGGCCAUUUUCGUUCACUGAGCAGCCAAAGCCUGGAAUCUGCAAUUGACGACUUAGAUGAAAGGAUAAAAGAAAAGCCCAAGAUUGGCGUCCUAGUCGGAAGGACAAAUGGGUCAGUUGGGUUUAGAAGUCCUAUGGCUUCUUUCCAUGAUUCCGCUAAAAUUGCGACGACCGAACUUGAUAACAAUGGCGACCAAUCCCAUAAAAGAAGGACUUCGACAUCGAGUGAGAAACUACGGCUACAACUCCCUCGUCUUCAGACUGAGAGGAUACAGCGUCUUUCGAACCAGUCUAUGGAGUCUCAUUCUCACGUCAAAUGGCACGCUAGAGACAACAGCAACCAGAAAGACGAGCCUCUUCUCUCUGGUUAUUAUGUAGAGAGCCCCGAGUCGUCCACUCUCAAUCGGCAUAUGAAUGCAGUGGAGCUUCCAUCAGUAUCAGAAACUCCGCAGUGGUUUAAUACUCGACGUAUGUCCAGUAUAUAUGAACUUGACGCUGGAAUGCCGUCCCCUGCUAUCAAAGAUUGCGAUGUCGUACCGGAAGUCAAGAUCCCACUACCCGCAGAUAUCCCGGAGGAAGUCAUCCUGGGUAUCCUUCAGAAGGUCGAUACGCUAGAGGAUCUCUUCGCAGUUGCUUUAACGAACAGAAACUUUUACCAGACGUUCAAGCGUCAUGAACUCGACCUCAUGAGGAACGCACUGUUCAAUAUGACACCGGCGGCUUGGGAACUGCGCGAAAUGAGCCCACCACGGAGCAGCGAAUGGCAACAUCUGAGAGAUCCCGAUGCUCCAGUGCCCACAUACACACCGAGUCUCUAUCUUCACCAUUACGUUAAGGAUAUCUACACAUUAGCGCAUGUGAAGUCGCUCCUUCUGCUGCGAUGCUCAUCCUUAUUACGGAGAGAGACGGUCAGUGGCCUCGCCGGCCUUGACACGGUUAGAGCUGCAGAGAUUGACGAUGCACUGUGGAGGAUAUGGACAUUCUGCCGCAUCUUCGGAUCUGGUAAAGGCCGUGAAAAUGAUAUUCGUGGCCAGAUAGACUGGCUAAACGGCGGACAGCAAGCAAAGCAACGAAUGAAAGACCCAGCGACUUUGGUGGUCGAAUCUUUCAGUAUGAAUGACGUGCUGUUCGAGCCUCCCCAAGGAUUCGCUCAAGGCAACGGAGAGGGUUUGUCCACAGCGCAACUGUACGAUAUGACUGAGAUCUGGACUUGUCUUGGUGUUCUUCUUCAGCCGUGUUACGGAAUGCGUGCGGAAGCUCGUCGCUUCGGCGUUUUUGAUGGACAGGAUAUGAAAACGGGGGACAUUGCAAAGGAAGAAGCAGUGCUUGAGGAGUGGACUCAUUAUGUCCUCACGUUGGGACUAUCAGCCGUGCUCAGCAUCAGCUCUUUAUGUCCUGCUGAAUCUGCGGAGACAACUUUCCGCAGGGCCCAGAAACUGGGUUUGACCAAAUGGUCUCCUACGGAGACUGGGGCAAGCCGCGCAUCGUUUCUGAAAGAAGCGGUCUCGCGCGCUUACAAGGAGCGAACUAGAGAUUACCUGCAACCGAAACAGGAAAAACCAUCUAUCGUGGACUCUGGCAAUGCAUCACCGGAUUCGCCACAGUCUAGCCCCAAUGGUUCAACCAGUGAUGCUUCAGUAUAUCAGCAGAAGAUCCCCGUGGAUGGUUUCCCGUGGGAAUCUCCUGAUGAUCAACCUCCGCAGUAUAGCGAACAGCCCGACAGUCCCAAUGGCGCGGCUACUGAACUAUCCCCUAUCUCCAACUAUCCCUCAGUCAUGAACCGUCUUGAAGACCAAUGGAGGAGAGAAGCCUUGAGUGCUUCCGGAUCCUCUAUUGUUCCCGACAUGCAGCGUGUUUCUGGAACCAACGUCUUCGUCCCGAUAUCUACCAGUCGCCCAAUGUCUACCGUUCCUUAUCUCGGAUCGUUGAUCGAACAACCAACUAGCGGCCAAAUUCUCGAUCCUGCAGAUGAAGCCAUAUACAGGAUGGUCUACCAACUCGGCUUCACAGAAGACGAUGCCAAAUGGGCCCUCAAGAUCACCGAUACAGGCGACUCCGUCAAACCCGACGCUGCCGUCAACCUUCUACUCAGGGAGCGCAAGAAGCGCGAGCGCGGUAAUCGGUUCUCGAAGCUGAAGCGGGGCUCCUCAAACAUGGAUCAUCCACCGGGUACUCCCCUCCUUGAUCCAAAGUCUCUAUCGAAUGCCCCCGGGUGGAGAUGGGCUUGACUUGACUUCACUUCACCUCACCACAAUUCCGCGCGUUAUCUUGUUUUUUUGUAAGAUUCUGUACUUAGAAUCGCUUGUGAACAUACGUAUUGUUGACAAUCGUUCGAUACCCUAUUCCCAUUCUAGAGAUUUGUUGAGCUUCGAUCUGUAUACAUAUGUCUCUUUGCCUUUUUAUAUAUUCUCGUCUACUAUUCCCAUUCAUA